UACGGUCUUCUUAGCGAGUGGUUGUCUAGAACGCGUGUUAAUUAUUUCGUUUUUUUCUUUCCACGGUUUUUGUGGGAUAAAAUUGCAAAAACAAAUAGAAACAGAAAAAAAUUGUUUUAAAACUUGUGCAAAAAAAAUUCAAAACACCACAUUAUUGUUUUUGUAAAAAAAAACUCAUUAAACUAAAAAAUUUAAUCAAUUAAUAUCAAAUUCAACAACAUUAAGUUCAACAUUAACUGCUAGUUUUUGUUUUUUUGGAAACCACCAUGGAGUCGGAGGAAAUAACAAAAUUAGUUGAUGGUGUUUAUAAGAACAUCUUGGAGAAAUUCAAUCCCGGUGCCCGUCAAUUAAUCUCCGCUGGCAAGGGUUAUCUAAAGUCAUUACAUGGUGCUGCAACAUCAGCUCGUUUAUUUAAUGAAGCAUUGGCUAAAAUUGCCAUGAAUGCUCAACACAGUGGAACCAGCGAUAUUGGAGCGGCUUUGCUAAAUGUUGUUACUGUUUAUAAGGAAAUACAAGAACAGCAAAUGAAUAUUUUAAAAGCCUUUUAUGUGGAUUUACUAGUGCCAUUAGAAACCAAUCUGGAAAAGGACACAAAAGUUGUGCAGCAUGAACAAAAGAAAUUCAUGCAACAGCACAAAGUGCGCAUGGAGUCAUAUCACAAGGCCGUUACCACCAUGAAAAAGCAGCGCAAGAAAAAAGCUAGUCCCGAAAAUACCGAAAAAGAAUUAAGGACCCUACAAAUGUUGGAAGAUCAAAAAAAGAAAUUGGAUGCCUUUUGUGAGCAAAGCUAUAAAAAUGCCAUGACUCAGGAACGUCGCCGUUAUGGUUUCGUUUUGGAACGCCAGUGUUCUAUAGCCAAACAUUGGAUGGCUUAUCAUACAACUGGCAAAACAGUAAUUGAUAAUCAUUUGGAAAAUUGGCAAGAAAUUGCUGCAUCACGUGAGAUUUUACCCACUACGGUAUAUGAUGGUAAUUCAAUGCUGGUAGGCAAUAAAAGAUUGGAACGUCUUAAAGAUUCUGAUGAUUCACAUGGUUCAAAUCAAUCGAAUCAAUUGAAAAAAUCACGCAGUGUUGAUGCCCCAUUCGGUGAUAUGAGGACAUUGCAUGAGACAAAUAUACCAUAUACACAAAAUUCUUUGCCACGUGCCAAAUCGGAUUUCAAUUUGAAUAGUUCGGGUUCGAAUUCAACCACAACCGUUAUAGCCAACGAUCACUCCGAUCAUGGCCAUUGGGAUCAGCGUACCGUGGUUAAAGCCCUCUAUGCCUACAUGCCAUCCGGCGAAAAUCAAUUGCCUUUCGAAGAGGGUGAUCGUAUAGCAUUGGUGGGUGGCAAGGCCAAGGGCUGGCAAUUUGGUGAAAAUCUACGUACACAAAUGUUUGGUUGGUUCCCCGUAGCCUAUACCAAUGCCGAUCUGAUUGCUGACAAUAAAAUUAAAACGGAAAGAGAACGUCCUGAACGUUCUAAUGAUCGUUAUGAGAAUAUGCAUUAUGAGCGGCAAAGUGGUGGCAUGCGCAAUAGUUAUCAUGAAAACUACAAUGAUAUGGAUAAUCAACAGGAAAUGGAAAAUGAUGCGUCGUAUAGAAGAGAUAGACAUGAGGAGACAUCACCCACCAGAAUGUUUGGGGAUACGUACAGGAAUCAGAAGAAGUAUCGCCCCUCUACGACUGGCAAUCCAAGACCAGGACCUCCUCCAACAUUGCCUGCUCCCGUGCCUUCGGCUCAAAACUCAGCACGCAUGCUGAAUUCUUCACAAAGUUUUUGUGCACCCAAUGGCAGCCAAUCGGCCAUUGAAAGACGCAACAAGAAACUGCAAAAUGGCAAUCAAGUGACACAUAAUCGUUUAUUUCUAACACGACAGCAAUCGUCCAUGAAUCAAUUGAAACCGGCUGCAGCAGCCAAAACUUCAUUACACAGCAGUAAUGAUAGUGGUUUUGCCAAUGAACCGCCACCCCAGCCGGAAGUGGAUUAUUCAGAUGAAGAGCAAACUAGUCGUGUGCCCAUACGACGUCGAGCUGAUACCAAUACCCAUAUUUCCACCAACCGGGAAAUAGCUUCUUGGACCUUGAAUCGUAAUUUCCGUAGCAGUGUAGACAGCCAGAUAGAUGAUAAGAGUUUAAAGACCUUAAAUCGUAAUUCCGGCAACAUGCGUUACGAUUUAAUAGCCAGUGAUGAUGAAAUACUGCAGGCUUCCUCGGGAGGCAUUAAGAGAACCAAGUCUUUUUGGAAAUUUGGUGGUGGCAGACAUGAUGACAUAUUGGCCGGCAUGUCUUUGUGGCAACAUCGUGAUUUGGUGGCUGCUCCCAAUAUGGAAGAGCUUAGGGAUGAGGGUUAUCGCACCACCAGCAGUAAAAUGGAAAGUGAACGUGAAAUGGAGGGAAAUGAUACUCUAACCAAGAGUAAUUCCAACAAUUCCACUUCAUCGCAGGAGAAACAUGAAAAACAUUUGGUGGAGGGCGGUAGACAGCGCAAAGACAGUGUUACCAGUUUGGAAAUGUAUGACGAUGAUGAAAAUAUUUAUGGCAUGACACCCAUGGUAAGAGAGCCCAUGAUAACACGCAAUAACAAUAACAAUUUCACACCCAAAUCGAGAAUGAAAAUUAUGAAAACCAUCGAAAUUGAUAUAGAAAAUCCCACUGAAAACGAAAGACUAAGCACGAUUAAGAGAAAUCAAAAGGAGUACCAAAAGGAAUACAGAGACAAUACCAUUAAUCGUAAUACCAUGAUGGAGAAUAAGAAACAAAAUUCAUUGGGCAAUCGGGCUCAAGCCUCCAAUCACAAGAAAUCCUAUGACAUACAAAAGAAUCCCCACAAUAUGACGCCAAAUAAAAAUAUGAAUGGACAAAAUCGCAAUAGCAAGCCAACGGAAAUGUUUCCCUCCACCGAAAGUGAGGCGGGAGAAAGUGAAUUGGAUAAUGGCACUUUGAAAAUGAGUGAUGUUAAUAACUUUUUCGAUAAUAAUGGCAAUACGGGAGGUAUAAUUAUGAAAACAGUGAAACGUAAAGACAUAUUAAAGCAAUACUAUACCAGUGAGGAGGAUUCGGAUGAUCCAGAAAUCAAAUCUACCAGUUCAGAUCCUUACGAUUGCAUAGUCAUCAAUGAUCAUUUGGUGAGAAGAGAUGAGAAACAAAGAAGGGCCAUGCAAAUGCAAGAACAUCAAAUGGAAUUUCAAACUUUUAGAGCCUCUACCGCCUCCAAUUUGAAUGGCAGCAGCAGCAGCAAUAUUAAUGGCAAUAUGAAUAUGAAUACAAAAAAGAAGUCGGAAAGAGCCGAACGCAGUGAACGACGGGCCGGAGAAGAUAACGAAAGAAAUCGCUCCUCCAAAUCGUAUGAUCAUCAACAGCAACAAGAACAAAUGCGUUACAAUGAUUCUACUUUAACCAGACAAUCAAAUUCUUCCCUAAACACACCCACUGCCACCAUAUUGCCCCGCACCAGACUCAUGAAAUCCUCCAAUAUGACGAGCAUGACUUUGGAAAGAAACUCCAAUUCAGCAACGCAACAAAAGUCCUUAAGUACAAACAGUGAAAGGGAUAAACAUUAUGGUAAAACCUAUGGACCCUGGUAUGAUUUCUGGGAUCAACAGGACCAACAACAGCAGCAGCAGCAUCAGCAACAACAACAACAGUCCAAAAAUAAUAAAAUGAAAUAGUUUUAAAUACAAAAAAAGGGAUUGAAAAUUUACAAGAAAAAAAAAAAACUCUCAACUUUUUCUUACCGGAGAAGAAAUUGUUUAAAAUGAAAAGGAAUAAAAGGAAGAGAGUUGAAGUAGAGAGUAUUGAAAUAAUAUAAAACAUAUAUUCAUUAAAUAACAAUGGAAAAUUUCUGGAUUUUUUUAAAAAAAAUCUAGAUUUUGUAAAGAGUCUUUUUUAUACAAAUUUAUUAAGUCAAUAUUAUAUAUAAAAAGUAAAGGAAGUAAUAUAAACCUUUACAAUGAAAAUUAAAUAUAGAAUUCUUGUUUUUAGAAGAAGAAAAAAAGAAAAUUUAAAUUAAAAGAUAAAAUUCCAAGUCUGGCUUGAAAGAUAACUCUGUUUUUGUUACAACACAGAGAUGCUAUCACAGAAAACAACUCUGGUUUUGUUAUAACACAGAGUUGCUAAACAAAAACACAGAGCGUGGACUUAUUAAUUUUAUAAAGAAAUCCUUAAGGAUUUAAAUUUUGUUUACAUAUUUUUAAAUUUUAUGGUGUAAAUAACAACAAGCAUUUUAUUUAAGUUUCUUAAUUUAACUGUUUAACAUAUUGUACACAUAUUUUUGUCAUCUUAAUAUUGUUGUUUCUUUUGUUUUUAAAGUCUUCCAUUAAAUAUGCCCAAAACCUUAAUAAUUAUAAUUUAAAUUUAUAU